AUGGCAAAGCAAAAAACUGGGGACUGCCCAGUCGCCGGCGGACCGCCGCCACCACCGCGGCGGGCCGCCACUGAGAUGGCAGAACCACCUACUCAACAGGGACUCAUGCGACACAAUGGGAUUGUGCUACCUUUCCAACCAAAGAGGAAGUUUAAACUCGAAGAGCAGUUCAAACAUUUUUUGAACAUGUUUUGUAAAUUUCAUACUAACAUUCCUCUAGUUGAAUCGUUGCAGGAGAUACCUAAAUAUGCGAAGCUACUAAGGGAGGUGGUGAUGAAGAAGAAAAAGCCAACAAAAGCCGACUUUAAGCUACCGCAUCAUUGCAGCGAGAUCAUCCAAAAGGAAAGGGCAGUGAAGCAAAGAGAUCCGGGCCAAUUUAUUAUCAGAUACCGGAUUGCAGAGGGAAAGGUUGACAAGGCCCUGUGCGAUCUAGAAUCUUCCAUCAAUCUCAUGCCACUGAAGUAUUACGAAAAGCUCAACAUUGGGCCGCUCAAAACUUCAGACGUGACACUAAGAUUGUCCGAUAACUCGUCCAUCAAAACUGUAGGUAUGAUUGAUCCAUAA